GGCACAAAGGUUGCUUCAGCUGUGAGGUGUGCAAGAUGGCCCUGAGCAUGAACAACUAUAAAGGAUUUGAGAAGAAACCUUACUGCAGUAUGCAUUACCCCAAAACCUCCUUCACUAUAGUGGCCGACACCCCCGAGAAUCUGCGUCUGAAACAACAGACCAUGCUGAACAGCCAGGCUCUUUACAAGGAGGAUUUUGAAAAGAACAAGGGGAAAGGUUUCAGCGUGGUGGUCGACACUCCGGAGAUGCAGAGGUUGAAGAAGACACAAGACCAGAUCAGUAACAUAAAGUACCACGAAGACUUUGAGAAGAGCAAAGUUCGAAGUGACGCCCCCCCUCCUGAGAACAGACAAGACUAUGAGGGGCAACCCUCCAACCCUGAAAGAUUCACGCAGCCAGCAGUGCCCCCUGCUGCUGUAGCACCACCUUGUGGAGGGAAGCGUUACCAGGCCCUGUACAGCUACACAGCAGCUGAAGCAGAUGAAGUCUCUCUGCUGGAAGGAGAUCUGAUCUCAGACGUGGAGCAGAUAGACGAGGGAUGGAUGUUCGGAUGCAACCAGCGCACGGGGCAGCGAGGGAUGCUCCCCUCCAACUACGUCCGUCCUGUGUGAGACAAAGACAUUAGUCGUCCAUCUUCAGUCGUCCCCUCCUACGAUCAGACCUCUUCGCUAAGUCACUUCUAUUUUUUUUUUUCUUCUUAAUUUCCCUCUGAACUCACCCGAUGGUUUCUGCUUUGCCUUUUUGUGCAAAUGUUUGAUUGGUUCUCUGACAAAAUUUCACUUCGGAGAAACAAUGGUACUAAAAGUUGAAGUGAAAAUGUGUUUGUGAUAGAAACUUACAAAAGAGGAAGUAGGAGCAGAACAAAGGAUAUGCAUUUGCAGAAAUAAAAAAAAAAAAAUACAAAACCCA